AUGGAAGCGCUCGGCCCACCGGCUUUUACUUUUUGCGACAGGCGUUUCACCCGGACCGACUUUACGCUACGCACGAAACGAGGAUAUAAUCUCGAAUGUUCCCACUGGGAACCGGUGGAACGGGUCAUGGACCGGAUACCCGUCGUCAUUUAUAUGCACGGAAACUCCUCGGCGCGCGUCGAGGUCAUUCCACAACUAUCCUAUUUGCUCAGUUUGGGACUGGCUGUCUUUGCCUUUGACUUUGCCGGCUCGGGAAAAUCGGACGGCGAGUACGUCAGUUUGGGAUACUAUGAACGCGAAGACUUGUCCUGUAUUGUGGCACACUUGCGGGCGACCAACGUGGUCUCCACCAUUGCCCUCUGGGGUCGAUCCAUGGGCGCCGCCACGGCACUCAUGUUCGGCGACCGCGACCCCUCCAUCGCGUGCAUGAUUCUUGAUUCGCCCUUUGCCGAUCUCACCCAAUUGUGCGAAGAAAUGGUUGAGAAAGCUCGCGAGCAGGGGAUCAUUGUACCCGGCGUGGUCGUCGGCGUCGCCAUCCGCAUGCUACAAUCCAGUGUCAAGAAACAAGCCGGCUUUAAUUUGCGUAGCAUUACGCCCAUUGCCCAUGCUGGCAAGUGUUUCAUUCCCGCACUCUUCGUAGCCGGAGAACACGACGAUUUCAUUAAACCGCACCAUUCGGAAGCGAUCCACGCCAAAUACGCGGGCGACAAGAACAUUAUCAUUGUCGAGGGCGAUCACAAUUCUCCACGACCCAAGUUCAUGUUUGAUUCGGCCAGUAUAUUU